ACGCAACCUUCACGCUGAAACCAGACAAGAAAGGUUCAUCCUCGACGAUCGAAUUAGGGGACGCUGAAUGUAACCCUUUCUUGAACGCAUCAGCAAGACUAGCAAGACAAAAUCCUCACCACCAAAGUUGCUCGGUCAGAAACGAAACCAUCGGACGAAAGAAAUGACGAGUUUCAGAGAGGCAAGUACGCUUGGUGAUGCGAAGAAACAAUUCCAAUGUUGGCUGGGGUUGGUCGCUUGUUUCUUCUCUGCUCUUGGAAGUUCGGCUAUUCUGGUGCAACAACAUCUGGAGAGCAAAGAACAACAGGAGAAAUGGCUGGAUCAUACCGUGGCCAUCACCUUUUUCCUCCUUUAUUUUCGGGUUUUGAUGCAUCAUGCCACUCUGGGUCUUCUCAAAAAACACAGUGCAACUUACAAGGACCUUCCUAGCCAAGUACAAGAUGACAGUGCCUUUUCCAUUGUGGACAACCUCACGUUUCUCAUGUGGGCUCCAUUGGUUGCAUACUGGGUCAUCCGCGCCAUCAAACUUGACACCAAUGAUUUCAUUUAUUGUUGCCUUCCUUCCCUUAGAGCAUCGAUGCCAUACUAUGUCACUGACAGGAUCCUGCACAUUUGGGUCAAUCCAAGAAGACAGCGACUGAUCCACCAUUUUGCACUCCUGAUUGCUGUCCUCUGCUUUACAGAAUGGAACCCCUCUGUUCAGACUCUUGCCAUUGGCCUUUAUGGCAGUAUUUUUGAUGUCUACCACAAAUGUGUGCUUGCCUGGCAAACGGUUUGCCGUUUCACCCGACAUCAUGCCAGGAGCAAUCCAGAAUGGAAGACCGGCAAUCUAGAAAGUGAUGAACGACAAGGUAUUGAUAGUCUUCUCAUUGGCAAGAGCCCAAGGCUGAUGGCCUUCUAUGGGAAGCUUUGUGCUCUAUAUAGCUAUGUGUUUGGUAUCAUUGUGCCUGUUGGUAUGCUCAUUUUCUACGUUGUGCGGCAUUGGAAUGAUAUUCCCCUCAUCAACAAGAUUGUCCAACCCCUGGUUCCAAUCUUCUUCACUGCUGUUGAUGUGCCUCUCUACAAAGCAUGUUGGAAGACCAUGCAUCAGUCAUAUUGGGAACAAGACUUUGGGAAAGAUACCAGAGUGCAGAAACAAGAAACGGGUGGCAAUCCUAGCGAUGGCCAAGUUGAAACAAAGAAGGAUGCGACCAAAGAAAGUGGCUGCGUCCCGGAGGAUUUGACUCCAACGGUUCCUUGCUUUUUUAUGGAUUCUUCCCGAGACUGCAGUGUCUGGGGCGAUUCUGAGCCCACCAAGGACUUGGGUUGAGGAGGCGCAAGAGUUCAUUUGAAGCUUUCUUAUGCACUGUUCGCCCUUUGUCCAUGUGAACUCAAGUCUGACGUCUUUGGAUUGCGGAAACGUUGUUGAAUGACUUGAAUACCUGUAGCAAUCUCUCUGUCGUCAUAUCGUUACCACUUACUUGGGAGGUUUUAUUCAUUUUCCCGUCCUAGGCGGUGCAUAAUAUAGUCUUCCUAUAGACUGCAGCUCGGGUCUCCGGUCUCUUGUCCCAAUGCUGUUGGAGAUUUGAAUGUUUGAAUUCAAUCCGUGAGCAAUCUUAACCCCAGGGGCAUAUUUGGUGGCACAUUGUAGUACUCAAAUUACAGCUCUGCCGCUUGUUGGAAUUUUCCAACGCCGGCCCCUCCAAUGGUGCAGGUAGCCCCGGUAAAACAAUUUUGCUCAACCCCAAAUCUACCCCAUCUACCCUUACCAUAUGGACCAGCCACCGAAGCACAAACCUUCCACGGUGACCCUCUCGCUCUUGCCCUAUUCAGUGUAAAGAGACGACAGCCAAUGGUGGCUCGUUUCCUGUUCUUUUGAAAACGCGCAGAUAGCCAGUGUUUUUUUCCGCCCCUACCUUUCCACAAACGGGCGGGUGGGUGGAACGUCGUCGUCGACUCGAUCGGGCAUCACCCUGCGUUUUGUAUGUAGAAUCCCGAUUUCUUUGCCUGUCGUCGGUCUCCAGUCUUCUAAACCUACCGUAUCUAGCUAGGAAGUAAACUAACUUUGGAAAGAUGGAUUCUUUCUAUGAAGAAUACUGUAGAGCAAUCUACUGUACAGGAGCUGCAGAUUCAGGUGGGCAGACAGGAACCAUCUUGUUAUCCCCAAUCCAAUAUACCAACAUUGACCCCUUGCCUUUUACAUUGAUUCUACCCCGCCGCACGAUGCCGAGGUCCCAGUUCUGGUCUUGAAGGACAUCAGCUGAAGCCUUGGAGCAAAGUAUUUUGUUCUUUUCACUGUUGGACUCCAUGCGGGAUGCUUCAAAAAGAGAUUGACCAGAAGUGAGUGCUGGCAGAACCAUUAAUCACCAGUGACACCAACAGAACUCACCUGUAUUCACUGUGUCUCCAAACAGGCAAUACCUAAUGA